AGCCAUUGCUAUUCCCAUUCGUUCUGUACCGACAGUUCGUCGCACUCGCACUCGCAAGCAACCAGAAAUAGGCCCAGCAGGUCCGGCACGGCUCGAUGAACCACCCCAUGAACGGCAGCGGAUUCAUGGAGCAGCAACCGCUUCCCAACAAAACGGUUGGCUCUGUCUCCCCGGGCGGUCCCCCGAUCGCAAAGAAGCAGCGCGGGGGAGCCACCCCGGGAAGCAUCCGCCAGCGCCCCCGAUCGAGGGGCACGGCGAGGAACGGGAUCGCAGGCAAGGGGUCUGCGGCAUCGGGCGCAUCGGGCGGCCCACCGCUGUCCGUGCCCCCGUCUCUGUCCAAGCCUCUGAGCAACCCGUUGAGCAACCCUUUGAGCAACCCUUUCGAAAAGUCUUCGGCUUCCUCCCCAUCCCUGGGCGGGGUCGACGAUGCCAUUGCCCGCCGCCGAGCCGAGCUCCGUCGCCUCCAACAAAAGGCCAAGGCCCGCAGCGGGAAAACCACGUCGUCGGCAUCGUCAUCGUCUGCGGCAUCGUCUGCGGCUCCCCCGUGCCCCCCCAAGGGCGGUGCCCCACCUCACAAGCGGAGCUCGGACCUUUUCCCGACGGUCCCCAAGUCGAAAUCGAAUGCGAAGCCGAAGCCUCAACUGGAUUCGCAACCCGAAGAAGGCGCAGAAGAUCGAGCUAACUCCAACUCUAACGCCGGAGCAAGGACCGUUGGAACCAAGGCGUCUGUUCCCCCUCUGAAUGCAAACAUCGACACGAAGACGAACACGAAGACGAACCCGCACUCGAACACGGCCAGAAGCAACCCCAACGCAAACAACCCCAAUCUUCCACCGCAGACCCCCUCGGCCGGUGCGGUUCCUCCCACCCCCGCGGUCGGACGCCGAUUGGAAUUUCCCUCCGGAACCAAGCCAACUGCCGCGGACACCGCAGCCGCAUUUGCACCUGCAACCGAAACUGCACCCGGACCGCCCGUCGCUGCUCCACCGUUACGGCGAGCGCGAUCGAAGUCUCCCUUUGUGCGUGGCAGUUCGGAAUCGCUCUCUUCGAAGGGUCUCUCCCACACGCCAAAGGAACCCUCCGGAUCGGCAACGACAUCGGCUUCGGCAUCGGUGUCAGCGGCGCAGCGGAACCGAGCCAAGUCGGCUCCUCCUCGCCGACCGCCCGGGCCCCCUCCCGGUGGCCCCCCAAGGAGCAGCGCUGGCAGCAGCGCUGGCAGCAAGGGGGCAGCAGUUCCCGGUACCAAAAAGACGAGAUCGUCGAGGCGACCGGCACCGAUCGCUCCUUCGAGUCUCCUGAAGGUAGGCAAGGAAACGAACAACCAGCCGGGGCCAGCAAACGAAAAAGAAAACCAGAAGGCAGACCAAAAGGCAAACCAGAGUGGAAAUGCCCGGGGCAGCUCAAAGGCACGAUCCAACUCGGUGGACGGGACCACCUUGAAUACAACAGAAAAAACGCACUCCUCUCCGGCUCGUGACAGCAACAGCAGCAAUGCAGAGAAGAUGAACACCAAGGGCCCAUCUGACAUGCACAUUUCGGGCCUGGUCGAAACAGAAUCGAAGUCAAAAAUUGAAUCUUCGUUUGCCCCCCCUCCACAGCUGGUGACGGAAGCAGAAACUCCAAAGCAAGCGACAGCGUCUCGAAUCGGUACGGAUGCGAAUGCGAAUGCGAAUGCCAAUACGGAUAUGCAUACAGGCGCGGGUGCCGGAACGGGUACAAACGGGAGCCAUACCAACAAUGGAAUCAAAACGCCGCCGUCCAGUGGAUCCACGGCCCGACGCCAGAAGCUUCAGUUGAUGCGGGAACAGGCGGCAGCCGCCAGCGAUAUCUUGUCGAAGCCGUCCGAAACAACGAGCAGACCGGACGGGCCGAACCACAGAGAUGCACAUGUCAACAACAACAACAAGAAGAACAAGGCUGUGUUCGGCAUCGACGUUACUGCCGUCAGCAACGCGCCCCCCGCCACCGAAGACUUUGCGAGAGCCGUCGGGCUUGUACCUGAUCCGAAUGCCACCUCCGCUCCACCGAUAGGGAACCGAGCGGCGAAGGACAAAAGACAAGAAUCGACCACUCAAACCGAUGAGAAACAAAAUCAAGAACAAGAACAGAAACAGAAACAACCGGCCCCUUCGUUGGUAGACGGAACUAGAACCGGACCGCUUGCAUCGUCACCAUCCACUUCGACGUCGUUGCGCAGCGCAGCCCAAUCCAGGCUCGAAGAUGCCUACCGAAAGGCAGAGAAAGAGAAGACAGCGGCCCUCCUUAAAAUCAAGCAACUCGAGGAUCAACUGUCCCAAAAAGCGAAGGAAGGAAUUCAAAGGGCUUCUUCUUCCACCAACAAUAGCGAUAGCCACAGCCAUAGCAACAACAAUAAUAUGCAGCAUCUGCUAUCGAUCGCGGAAACCCAGGGUCCGGAUGCCGCUUUGCAGUGGGCCAAAUCAAUUUCAACAUCUUCCACCGGACACAAAGGGCCUGGGAAUUCCCGUUCCCCCCUGCGCCCCGCUGCACAAAUGGGGUUCCAUACCGGCAUGGGAUCUUCAACCCCGAGAAACAACGGCAAAGGAAGAGUGCCAAGCCUGGGCCUGAUGAAUGCCGAAUCCCCGAUGCGGCGGGCAAGGAUUGCAAGCCGCACCCUAACGCCACACCGGGGUCUUCAUUUUGCCAGCGAUACUACCAACAACAGCAACGACCCAUACGCCAACGAAACCCCGGAACAGACCGAACGACGGCUUAUACGCAGCUUCCGCGAGGCUGCAAAGUAUGUUCCAUUCGAAUUUUCCUCCGAACUGGCAACCUACACUGUCCGAAGGCCUUACGGGUUGCCUACUAAUCCAGGCUUGUUCGAUCAUUGCCAACCUUCCGGAGACGACCACCCGAGUGUCUAUGCCAAGCGGGCCCACGUCUCCGACAAAACCACGUUGGAGGUGGCGGUCGUGGUCAAGGCGGACCAAAAACCCUGUCUAGUCUUUGCCGCGGCCGGGAUUCGAUAUCCGACAACAUCAGCCACUUCGUCCUCUUCCACCGACACCACCGGCAACUGGAAACACUUCGACAACGUCGACGCCCUGGAUCGUCCGCUCGGCCACGUCACUUACAUCGAUGCACGAGCCAACGAAAAGGAAUACUCGAUGGACGAAAUUCUUGAAGAGGCUCUCUUGGUUAGAGAGCAAUACUGCGGCACCCUUACGAGCACGGCACUUGGUCUCGAGAACCGGCCGCCCAUCCCCGAAGUGAAGACGUUGCCUUCGGAAAAAAAGGAGGCAGAAAAAGGAACCACGAAGCGGGAAGGAUCGAGCACCGGUCCGCAAGGGCAACGCCAACAGCACCAGAUCCAUCCUCCGACCCAAGAAUUGGACGAAUCAACAGGGGCGUCGUCGGACGUCCUGGUUGUGUUCUUUGGCAUGCUCGCAUCGCUUCUCUUCCGAUUCGUAUGGGGGGCGGUUGUUGGCGUACCGUUCCGCAUCCUUCGUACUCUCGUAGUUCUAGUAGCGGCUGUUGCGAUCCUUCAAGCCCUCCAUGGGUACCUAGCGGACGAUUACACGGCAUGGGCGCUGCGCGAAAUGAAUGCAGAUACGGCUGCGACUGGCACUUCCUUCUCCUCCAUGUUGGCCAGUGACCUAGUUUACUACUCCAAUAGGCGACCGGGCAUUUUAUAACCAAAAAGAACGCAGUGGAACAAACCAUUAUGCGCUGCGGAAUGCAGGUCCAAUGGAACGAACGAACUCAAACUCUACGAGCCAAGAAAGCAACGACGGAAGGAAUCAAUUUAAUUAUUCUAA